AUGGAUAGAGGAGAAGAAAGUCUAAAAGGGGUGGGAGCCUUUGGAAUCGUGAAGGAGUCUUUCAAAAUCUUUUGCUAUCGAGCUAACUUGUUGGGGACAAUCACUCUAGUGUUAAUUCUCCCUAAUAUUUUAACAAUGCUUGCAUACGAACAGUUGCACUCGACUUUUCACGCUAGGAUUAUUUCCACGCAAAAAGCUGAAGAGUGGCGCCUGUUCAUUUUCCAAGCGACACAGUUUAUAGUGGUGCAAAUUGUUUUCUCCCUGUCGUUGCUGCCGUCCAUUGUGGCUGUAGUCUACACCGUGGGCAGCGCUUACAAGGGCAACAAGAAACCCUCCUUCACACGGCUUAUCAGACCCCUUCCAGCCGUUUGGAAACACCUGAUAAUAACUUUCCUCUGGUAUUUUAUCGUCAGGUUCGUCACUUUAUUUGCUUCUAAACUUGCUCAGAUAUUACUUGAAUUGGGUUUGAUAGUGUUUGUCAAAUCGCAAGCCAUACGGUUUGUCGUUGGGGUGGCUGGUUCCUUGGCGAUGGAGUGCGUAAGCAUGUAUGUAGAUAUGGCCUGGCGGGUUGCAGCUGUAAUGUGUGUUAUAGAGGUCAAAUAUUAUGGGUUUGAGGGAAUGAAGAAGAGUCUCCGUCUGAUGCACGGAAAACGCACUGCAUCUUUAGUGCUCGCCAUAUCUUACAAGGUAAUUUAUGAUCUGGUUGAUUAUCUGAAGGCUAAAAAUGUGGUGGUGUUGUGUGUCUUUACAUUGAUGUGGUGGGUAGUGCGGACUGUGCUCUACUUUGCGUGCAAAUCUCACCACAGGGAAAGUGUAGAUGAAUAUUGUGUUUUGGACGAGUAUGAGCAGGUUAACAACAGUAGCUGCAGAUUUCGAGGCCUCCAAAGGAAUGGCAACGAUUUGGCGAUUGCUGUGUAG